UCGAGUGGAGUUUUGGGAACUGGAGCUCUGCCCGGACAAUUACAACAAUACAUGUUUCCACAAGUCCACACUCCAUGUCAACUGAAAAUGCGUGCUUCGUGAGACUGCAGAGAGCAAGGUCUGGGCAGACUGGGCUUACCUACCGUGGUCUAAAGCCUGGACCCAAAUCUAAUCCGACCUUGACUAACUUGGCUCCAAAAGUUCUCCCCUUCUCGGUGCAUGCAUCCUGUUCCUCCUCCUCCUCCUCCUCCUCCUUCUCCUCCUUCCUGGACGGCUCUGAUACAGGAUCAAGCUUGGGAUGGCGACGUCUUCGGCGCCUUCCGUGCCUUUUCUCAGAUGCGUCGCUUCGGCGUCCGUCCAAAUCACGUUGUCUUCGCGACCCUUCUUGGCAUUUGUGGCAGACGCCGCAUUCUUUCCUUGGGGGCCUCCAUCCAUUCUCUGCUUCUCAAAUCGCUGUCCACCCUCAAACCCGACGUUGGUAUCUCGAAUUCCCUCGUCUCCAUGUAUUGCAAGUGCGGCCGGCUACCGGAGGCCCUUCGAAUCUUCCAAUCCAUCCGCGUUCGAGACACAGUUUCUUGGAAUGCCAUCAUCUCUGGUUGUAUGACGAACGAUUGUAUUGACGAAGGUUGGAAAUUCUUCAAGAGGAUGAAAUCUGGUUUGCCGUCGGCCGUCCGGGUUGAUUCUGCCACUCUGACGACUAUCCUUGCUUCUUGCACGGACCACCACCACGUUCCUCAGCUGAGGAUGAUCCACGGUGUUGUUAUCGUUAAUGGCUUUGGCGGAGAAGUGGCGGUUUGCAAUGCUCUGCUCACGGGAUGUUUUAAUUGUGGCGAGGUCGAGUAUGCCAUCAAACUGUUCGACGAGAUGUCUGCGAGAAAUGUUGUAUCUUGGACUGCUGCAAUCUCCGGCCUUGCGCAGGAGAACAUGGCAGUUGAGAGUAUCGAAUUGUUCCGGAAAAUGCGUGGUUCAAGUGACGGUGUUCAACCAAAUGCACACACAAUCAGUGCCUCAUUGAUGGCAUGUUCUUGCUUGGGUGACCUGAAGCUAGGCCGUCAGAUUCAUGGUGUUUUUCUUAAGAUGGGAUUACGAAUAGAUGCUUAUGUUGAGAGUUCAUUGGUGGACAUGUAUACGAAAUGCGCGCUAGUCGACGAUGCUUGGAAGGUUUUUGAGACGAGUGAGCACAAGGAUACAGUAUCCAUGACUGCGAUGCUUGUUGGUUUCUCUCUGAAUGGGUAUGAGGAAGUAGCUCUUCAGCUGUUCCGGCAGAUGAUGACGGAGAAAACAACAGAAGUUCAACAAGAUCAGACCUUGAUUUCAGCUGUUCUUGGAGUAUGUUCCUCACUUUCCCUAGGAAAGCAAAUACAUUCAACUAUAAUAAAGACGUGCUUAUUCAAGAACGUCUUUGUCGCCAACAGCUUGAUUUCCAUGUAUUUCGACUCUGGUGCACUUGAAGAUGCUGUAAAAGUGUUUGGUGAGAUGGGUGAAGGAAAAAAUUCGGUUUCAUGGAACACCAUGAUUGAUGGUUUUGCCAAUCACGGCCAUUUUUUGAGGGCUUUGCAACUCUACGAUGAAAUGAGGCUCAACGGUCACCAUCCGAGUGAUGUCACAUUCCUCUCUCUUCUGCACGCUUGCAGUCAUGGAGGACUGAUUGAUAAGGGGUUGCAGUUCUUCUCUUCCAUGAUUGAGUACAAAAUGAAGCCCAGAAUGGAGCACUAUGCUUGUGUUGUUGACAUGUUAGGAAGAGCUGGACUGCUAAGUAAAGCACAGGCCAUCAUUCAUAAUAUGCCGAUGCUGCCUGGUGCUGUUAUUUGGCAAGCUCUUCUUGGUGCUUGUGGAAUCCAUGGGGACGAAGAAACUGCAAGUUAUGCUGCAUCUCGGCUGAUGCUUUUAGAGUCAGAAAAGUCAGAAACUUAUGCCUUAUUAUCCAAUGUCUACUCCAUGGCUGGAAGGUGGGAUGAGAAAUCAAGAGUUUACAGGAAAAUGAAAAGACUCGGGAUAAGAAAGGAAGCAGGCCUGAGCUGGAUUGAGGUUCAAAACCAUAUACCAUGAAGCAAGCUUUCACAGGCAUCGUCUGUAUGUCUGCAGAGAAUCUAGAAUUUUUGUUUCAUCGGCUGUGGCACAUCAGAAUUGCCAUAUAACAAACACCCUCUUACCGAACGCGACUAUGCCAAUUGUCUCCGUAGAGAACUGUCUACCUCCACAGAGAUUGUUGCUAGAUCAUGGACGGAAUUCGGUCCAUUACACUAGUCAUUUUUUCCUCAACGAACUAUGAAAUCCUCUACUUAACAAGGAGCCACACUCUAUCUCCAAGGAAUGUGCUGGUCCACCAAUCUCGCGGCAGGAUUCGUAAUAUUACAGGAUACAAAGAGCACAUCACCACGUCUACUGAUUCUCUGAGAUGUUGCAGACCCUUGACAUUCCCGCACGCAAAUUAUCUCCAAGGAAGCUGCUGCUUCACCAAUCUGGUGGCAGGAUUCGAAAUAUUACAGGUUUGCUUUCUUUAUUAGUCCUAAUAGGAGAACACUGAUUGGUUUGAUGGCCACAAUAAAAUUUUACAAGUAAAUCGGUCUCGAAAUAUCAUGUUACAGCAUAUAAAGAACAGAUCACCAUGUUCACUAUUCCUCUGAAAUGUUGGCAGACCCGAGACUUUUGUCCACACAAAUUUUCUCGAUGAUGCAUUGCAUGCUUACAGAGCCUUCUUUUGGUUUUUCUUUUAUCAGAUAAUUGAUAAAGAAUUGGAAAAUUAAAUGUAGACACCGCAUGAUGACGUCAAAUAUCGUAAAUAGCUAAAAUGAUGAUUCAGCAUCAAGUAUGAGCGGUCUUAAGCAUUGGAAGUUCGUUGUUAAUACGAAAUAUUAGAGAAUUCAGCUGCCGGACGCAAGGCUUCAUGUCAUUGUGCUGAUCAAUUGUCGCCGAAGGAAACCUUAACUGAUGAUGGUAAUGGUAAGGAUGCCAGCCGACUCCCGUAUUAUUUUUCUUGAGAAAUGAGCUAUUAUCUAGUGAGGCUUCGUCGUUCAGUUAGACUUUACAUCAGUGUGACUUUUAACAUAUGGGUUCUGCAGCACUGCAUCCCGCUGGAUUUCUCAAAAUGUCUUCUGAUCAUGUAGUAUCUGAUACCUGUGCAGGUUGCUUGCCUUUCCAGCAAAUAUGAUGAACAGUGAUGUCCGGCAUAGAGCAUACAGAAACACCCGGCGUUUAAAUGACACUUUAUAUCCAUUGUAUACAGAAGUAAAUAUAAAUAUACUUAGAUAACUUAGUUAGUGACAUAGACGAACAUCCUUAGUUAGUGACAUAGACGAAGUGACAUUCAUUAGUUUAUACCAAAAUUGACAGAAAAAAUGAUGGGACGUUAGACAUAAGUACCUAGCGUAGCUCAUCAUAAAUCUAACGUAAAUGGUGAGCAUUAACUUAGGAAGACUCCUCAUAGCUAAGAAAAGGCAGUAGAGAAAACUUAUCUCUGCCAUUGUUGAAGCUAAUAAUCUGUUCCUGAGUUAAAUAGCUGUUUUUUUCAAGACUGAAGUGCAUCUACUGAGAUUCAAACUGGAAAAUCAGCACAAAAAACUUGGUAUCCAUGGUAAAAUGAAAAGCUACUCAAUAGUCCAAGAGACGGGAUAGAACGCUGACACGUUGCACCAUAACUACAGCUGCCUC